AUGGAGCUUGAUUCCAAAAGGUGGCCUGAUGCUCAGAACGAUGACCCCUCUGCAUUCUACAAGGUUCCGUUCUCUAGAGUUGUAUACAUUGAUCAAUCUGACUUCAGAAUGAAGGAUUCAAAAGGUUACUAUGGGCUCGCCCCCGGUAAAUCCGUCUUGCUAAGAUACGGUUUCCCAAUCAAGUGCACCAACGUUGUCUUUGCUGAUGACAAUGAAACCAUUCGUGAGAUUCAUGCAGAGUAUGACCCUGAGAAAAAGACAAAGCCAAAAGGUGUUCGACACUGGGUUGCUGAAUCUUCCCCGGGAAAGGAGCCCAUAAGGAUCGAAGUCCGGUUAUUUGAGAAACUCUUAAACUCCGAGAACCCGGCUAAGCUCAAUGAUAAGUGGCUCACUGACAUUAACCAACUCCAAAGUGGUUAUUUUGCGGUGGACAAGGACUCUGAGCCUGGGAAGCUUGUGUUUAACCGGACGGUCACACUCAGAGACAGCUACGGGAAAGGUGGGAAGUAA